ACAGACCUUAAAUAAAAAAAAAAGAAGAAAGCUUAUUGUCUUUUGUUUGGUAAUUUGUUGGCAUUCAAUUUCCUCAUACUUUCUCUCUCUUCUCCCAUCUACUUAUAAGCUAUAAUAGCCGACUCUCUCUCUCUCUUUCUCUGUCUUUGUAUGGAGAAAGGAGAAAUGGUUUUUAGUGGAAGAAAGCGAAGGCGGUUCGGCCAUUGAUGGUGGUUGCAGCAGCUUUAAUUUUCUUGUGAGCAGAAGAAGAAACAGCAGCUUUUGGAAUGGGUUCGAGUGUUAAGAGCAGCAACCAAGGAAGCACUCAACUUGAACCACUUCAACAACAACAUCAUCAUCAUCAUCGUCAUCAUCAUCAUCAAAUACAGCAAGAGCACCAAAUCUCUUUCGGGAUGAUGCAAUCUCCUUCCUCAUCAUCCUCUAUCAUCCCGGGAAACUUGUUAAACAAGGAUUCAGGUGGUAGUGGAGCUUAUGAUUUGGGUGAACUGGACCAAGCCCUUUUUCUCUACCUCGAUGGACAAGCCGAUCCCUCAAAUACUCUUCAUCAAGACCAAAGACAGAAGUCAUCAUCAUCCGGAAUGAGGCCUCAUACGCUCAACAUUUUCCCCUCUCAGCCUAUGCACGUUCACCCAUCAUCAUCCAAUUCCAAGGCAAGUAUGGAGUUAGUUUCUGCUUCCAAGAACGAACCCGCUUCUGCCACUGCUCCUCCUCCUCAACCACCUAAACCUGUCAAGCAGCGUGACAGUAACCGCAAGGGUCCGACCUCAAGUUCCGAACAAGAAGGACCCAAAACACCAGACCCCAAGACACUGAGACGACUUGCUCAGAAUAGAGAGGCAGCUCGCAAAAGCAGGCUUAGGAAAAAGGCAUAUGUUCAGCAGCUAGAAUCCAGUAGGAUUAGGCUUAAUCAGAUUGAGCAAGAGCUACAGCGUGCUAGAUCUCAAGGCAUAUUCUUCGGUGGAAGUGGAGUUAUGGGUGGAGAACAAGGUCUUGGUGUGGGUAUUAAUGGCAUAAGCACAGAGGCUGCAAUGUUUGACGUAGAAUAUGCUAGAUGGCUAGAGGAGCACCACCGCCUAGUGUGCGAGCUGAGGGCGGCGGUGCAAGAACACCUACCUGAGAACGAGCUCAGACUCUUUGUGGACAAUUGCUUGGCGCAUUACGACCAAGUUAUGAACCUCAAGGGUUUAGUGGCCAGAUCCGACGUCUUCCACCUUGUUUCCGGCAUGUGGAAGACGCCGGCUGAGCGUUGCUUUAUGUGGAUCGGUGGAUUCAGGCCCUCAGAACUCAUUAAGAUUAUGGUGAGUCAAAUAGAGCCUCUGACGGAGCAACAAAUACUUGGGAUAUGCGGGUUGCAACAAUCAACACAAGAGGCAGAAGAGGCUCUUUCCCAAGGCCUUGAGGCUCUCAAUCAAUCUCUCCUGAACACUAUCACAUCAGAUUCUUUGAGCUCUCCUCCUGUUAUGGCUACCUACAUGGGACAGAUGGCUCUCGCCAUGAACAAGCUCGCUACUCUUGAAGAUUUCGUCAAACAGAUAAUCUACGGCAGCAAACGGUGCACCGGCUGCAUGAGAUCCUAACGACGCGGCAGGCGGCGAGGUGUUUUCUGGCGAUAGCGGAGUACUUCCAUCGCCUGAGAGCCCUCAGUUCUCUCUGGUUGUCCCGCCCUCGCCAGGAUCAGUAGCAAAUGCAUGCAUGGCACAGUGUUAUAUAUAGAUAUAUAGAUAUAGCAUGUGACCGACCUUUAAUUUAUAGCUUCUUAAUUUCUCUUUUCAACUUCGAAAUUUAAUGUUCUAUUUAGUCUAGUCAAUUUCACGCUCUAGAUCAUCACUCAUCAUCUGUAUAGAUAGACAGAUAAUUAAUAUAUAGAAUUGAAUUUAACAA